AUGCAAAUUUCCGGUCUCGCAACCUUCAACCCAAGCCGACAGCGAGCCAAGCACAUCGUUCACCCCUGCUGGCGAAUUGCUCACCGAGUCCUUACGACGAGUAUCUUCGGGCGUCUCGAGCCCGGUCAAAUCAACAGAUGUGAGCUAUUUUUCCUCCGAAGCAUGAAGCGUGCACUCCCCCUCAGUUUUUCAGGCUUCUUUUUAGAUAAAUGCGACUCCAUACGCCAACGUUUCUCAGGGGAAAUUUUCAUCAGGGGACUUAUCACGAUCAUAGGUCGAGCCGUCGGCCUAGACUUCCCGGCUCCCGAGUACAUACCUGUCGACACCCCACCGAACUUCCUGCUAUACUGUGACACUCUCAUCCGGAUGGAGAUGUUGCUCGAUCGGGGAACCCGGACGUACAGUUGGUUAGACUCUGACAAAGCCUCGGUUUACAUCCUGCCAAGUUGGAUCGGUUCUUCAUUCGAUACAGGCGACCCCGACACUUGGCUUCCUCCAGAUCAGUUGAACCAAGCAGGUGUAUUCCCAGAAUUCGGUGAUGAUGAGGGUGACGAUGCAGAGCAACAAGAGGAAGAAGAUGACGAAGAGAACGACGAGAUGCCCGAUGCUGAGGACCAUUUUGACCAGCCCUCGAUGCAGCAGCCGAUGUUUCCGCAUGAUCAAUUCCAGGCCCCUCCACACCAUUUUGACCAGCCGCAUCAGCAGGAGGGACACAAAGUCCCACCAUAUUUCCCCCACGUUCUUUGA